AUGCGGGGCUGGGGCUGGGCGCUGGCGGCGCUGGCGCUGGUGGCCUGGGUGCCGGCGGGGGCCCAGGAGGGCCUGCACCUCCCCAGCUACGACGGCGUCGACCGGGUGCUGCCCGUCACCGGCAAGAACUACAAGGCGACGCUGAAGCGCUUCCCGGUGCUGGCGCUGCUCUACCACGAGCCCGUCGGCAGCGACCGGGCGGCUCAGCGCCACUUCGAGAUGGAGGAGCUCGUCCUGGAGCUGGCAGCCCAGGUCCUGGAGGACAAGGGCGUCGGGUUCGGCCUCGUCGACUCCGAGAAGGAUGCGGCCGUGGCCAAGAAGCUGGGCCUGACGGAGGAGGACAGCAUCUACGUGUUCAAGGAGGACGAGGUGAUCGAGUACGACGGGGAGCUGGCGGCGGACACCUUGGUGGAGUUCCUGCUGGACGUGCUGGAGGAUCCUGUGGAGUUCAUCGAGGGUGACCAUGAGCUCCAGGCCUUCGAGAACAUUGAGGACGACCCCAAACUCAUCGGCUACUUCAAGAACGAGGACUCAGAGCACUUCAAGGCCUUCGAGGAGGCGGCCGAGGAGUUCCACCCCUACAUCCCCUUCUUCGCCACCUUCGACAGCAAGGUGGCCAAAAAACUGACCCUGAAGCUCAACGAGAUCGACUUCUACGAGCCCUUCAUGGAGGAGCCGGUCACCAUCCCCGACAAGCCCAACAGCAAGGAGGAGAUCGUGGAGUUUGUGGAGGAGCACAAGAGGGUGACUCUGCGGAAACUCAAGCCCGAGAGCAUGUACGAGACGUGGGAGGACGACAUGGAUGGGAUCCACAUCGUGGCCUUCGCUGAGGAGGAUGAUCCAGACGGGUUCGAGUUCCUGGAGAUCCUCAAGGACGUGGCCCAGGACAACACGGACAACCCCGACCUCAGCAUCAUCUGGAUCGACCCCGAGGACUUCCCGCUGCUCAUCCCCUACUGGGAGAAGACCUUCAACAUCGACCUGUCCCGGCCCCAGAUCGGGGUGGUCAAUGUCACAGACGCCGACAGCGUGUGGCUGGAGAUGGCGGACGAGGACGACCUGCCCAGCACGGCAGAGCUGGAGGAGUGGAUCGAGGACGUGCUGGAGGGCGAGAUCAACACGGAGGACGACGACGAUGACGACGAUGACGAUGAUGAUGACGAUGACUAGGCCGGGCGCCGGGCUGGGCCGCGGUCCCCUCCCGCCCCGUCCCCGUGCUGCUCGAGCCAUUAAAGACC